CAUAUAAGCUACAGCACACCACGUUACCACGCACGUUCCUCGCCUCUUGUCGGUACCGCGUUCAUUUUCAGAUUUACGAAUCGGAAGAGUUUAUUUUCUUGAGUUCCAUCACUCGCACACCGUUGAAACAUGAGCUAUCACAAACCCGACGAGAAAACUCUUCAGGGCCUGAAAGACAAAGCUAACAACCUAAGGAUCCUCUCCAUCAAGGAAACAUGCGCCUCAAACUCCGGACAUCCCACCUCGUGCUGCAGCGCUGCCGAACUCAUGUCUGUGUUGUUCUUCCACACCAUGCGUUACAAAGCCGAUGAUCCCCGCAACCGCUGCAACGACCGCUUCAUCUUGUCAAAGGGCCAUGCUGCUCCCAUUCUUUAUGCAGCCUGGGCAGAGGCUGGAUUCAUAAAGGAAUCCAAGCUGCUAAACCUGCGUAAGAUUGAUUCUGAACUGGAGGGUCACCCCACCCCUAAACUAGCAUUUGUGGAUGUGGCGACAGGCUCACUUGGCCAGGGUUUAGGAGCUGCUUGUGGCAUGGCCUACACAGGAAAAUACUUUGACAAGUCCAGCUAUCGAGUUUACUGCAUGAUGGGAGAUGGUGAGUGUUCAGAAGGGUCUGUCUGGGAAGCCAUGGCUUUUGCUUCCUAUUACAAGCUUGACAAUCUGGUGGCCAUCCUUGAUGUCAACCGCCUGGGCCAGAGUGAGGCAGCCCCACUGCAGCACAACAUGAACACCUACAAGGAGCGUUGUGAGGCCUUCGGCUUCAACACUUAUGUGGUAGAUGGACAUGAUGUGGAGGAGCUAUGCAAGGCUUUUUGGCAUGCUGAACAAUUUAAAGGGAAACCCACUGCCAUCGUAGCCAAAACAUUUAAGGGCAAAGGUCUCAAAUGCAUUGAGGAUCAGGAUAACUGGCAUGGGAAGCCUAUACCUAAAGACCGUAUGGACGAACUGAUUAAUGAGCUCAUGAGCCAGAUCCAGUCCUCCAACAAGUCCCUCCACCCUCAGUUGCCCAAUGAAGAUGCUGCUCCUGUUGACUACACACCCAUCCACCUGCUCAAAGCUCCAGAAUACAAGAUGGGCGAUAAGAUCUCCACCAGGAAGGCCUAUGGUGUAGCCCUGAAGAAGAUGGGAGAUUCCAGUACUCGUGUUGUGGCCUUGGAUGGUGACACAAAGAACUCAACCUUUUCUGACAUAUUCAAGAAAGCCCAUCCUGAUCGCUACAUUGAGUGCUUCAUUGCUGAACAGAACAUGGUCAGUGUAGCCAUUGGUUGUGGCACUCGCGAUCGCACGGUUCCAUUCGCUAGCACUUUUGCUGCAUUCUUUUCCCGUGCCUAUGACCAAAUCCGCAUGGCAGCGAUCUCCCAGUCCAAUGUCAACCUGGCUGGAUCCCACUGUGGUGUUUCCAUUGGUGAGGAUGGACCCUCCCAGAUGGCAUUGGAGGAUCUUGCAAUGUUCCGUGCUAUCCCAACAUGCACUGUGUUUUACCCCAGUGAUGGAGUAUCUACUGAGAGAGCUGUGGAACUUGCAGCCAAUACAAAGGGUAUCUGUUUCAUCCGUACCAGCCGGCCUGACACUGCAGUAAUUUAUGAUGCUGGAGAGAAAUUUGAAGUUGGCAAAGCCAAGGUUGUGCGCCAGUCCGACAGUGAUAAGGUGACUGUCAUUGGAGCUGGAGUAACACUGCAUGAAGCACUUGCAGCACAUGAGCAACUUGCUAAAGAAGGUGUGAACAUUCGGAUAAUUGAUCCAUUCACCAUUAAGCCCCUGGAUGCCACCACUAUUGUGGCGAGUGCCCGUGCCACAGGAGGAAGGGUGAUCACUGUUGAGGAUCACUACAAAGAGGGUGGUCUGGGUGAGGCUGUUCUGGCUGCAGUGGGUGAGGAGCCCGGCAUCGUGGUGCAGCGGCUGGCCGUGAGCCAUGUGCCCCAGAGUGGCAAACCACAAGAGCUUCUAGAUAUGUUUGGCAUCAGUGCCAAAUCUAUCGUUGCUGCCGUCAAGGGCACUUUUGCCAACUAA